UUUUCAUUUGAAAGUUGCUUUCAUGCCCCAACAUGCAGACUGGAAAUACAGGUUUUUCAGCUUCAUUAAUAUGCAGUUUGCUUGCAGUUUCAGAACUGGUAAAAGCGGCAGCAAUCAUGGAGGGAAAUUCAGCUGCUCCUGAGAAAGCCAUCCGUCAGUCCCAGUCUCUGUGUGCUGGUGAACAGGAGUAUGUUCACAAGAGGAAACAAAUUGUUCUGGAGGCGCUCCAGAACCUGGGGGCCAACUGUACCGCAAAUAAUGUUCCCCACAUUGCUCUGCUGGGGUCAGGUGGGGGUCAAAGAGCAGCUGUGGGUCUCAUGGGUACUCUCUAUCAGAUGGAAAAAGAAGGUCUGUUGGACACUCUGCUCUACCUGGGAGGAGUUUCUGGGUCAACAUGGUCCAUGACCUCCCUGUACAAUGACCCAGAGUGGAGCUCCAACAUGGACAGAGCGGUGUCCAGGCUGUCAGGUCCUGGUGUCGAGCUGGAGCAGGUUCUGGCCUGGUUAAAUGAGAGAGCAAAGGAUGAAGAUUUCUCUCUAACUGAUAUUUGGGGGGCCCUGACCUCUGCUGGGGUCAUGAAACAAAUGGACCUAGAAAUCUUUCAGAUGAGGCUGACAGAAAUGGCUCCAACCCUUACCCCAUCUACAAUGCCAUAGAGAAGGACUGCUUUACAAAUGGGCCCAUAGAAGGGAAAUGGUUCGAGCUGAGCCCACACGAGGCUGGUUUCACAGAGCUGGGUUUCUUCAUUGAAACUUCUCUUCUGGGCAGCAAAUUCA